UUUAUGCCAUAAACUAACACGGCAUUGCCAAACCUGGUAGAAGUUUGUUUUGACUGAUGUUUUUGCAUAAGAAACUUCGGCUAAAUAUUUAUUUGUGUCAUCUGAAAUAUUCCAUGAUAAGCAGGAGCUUACAUUGGACUACACAGAGGGUUGAAGCUGCUUUGGUCUUGGAGACUGCCAGACAAAAACGAUGACGCCCUACUGACCUUGACCCCGGUUCCCUUCAAGCAAGAUGGCGACUGAAAGCGAGGACUUCGGGUCAUUGGAGGGCAUCCUCCUAUCUCGAGUCGAACGCUUCGAGGAAGGCGACAAUGACAUAUGUCGGAAACUCUACGAACUGCACAAGGAUGCAGUAUGUUCCAAGGUCGAGGAAGAAGAUUUACAAUGUCAAAGGAUACUGAGGUUUAGCAGCGGCUGGUGGGGUGCAGACCCCAAAUCGGCCUUCGAGGGAAAAGGAAAGACAAUGAAACUUGCUAAAUUCCGUCAGACAUUAGUUUUGAAGACCAUGGAAUGGUUUAACUUAAGCGACAGCAUGCUUGAGCUAAACGACAAAAUCGAAGGGCCAGGAAUAUUCGUCUUCCAACACAAGGCUAUCCCGUGCCUCCGCUACGCUUCGCAGUCGAGUUUUGUUGUCAACAGUGUGCAAUGUUUGAUACUCGGAGCACUAGCAGGCACCGCCGAGUUCUCUCCAAUCGUCGCGGCAUUCCUGUGCUCACAAGCAAGAGACUGGGACUUCUUCUUCCGAUUUCACGGCGACUUACAAAUGCUAGAUCACCACGAAAAUGAAGUGGUGUUGGAACACAACAGCCUGUGGCCUUGCGGUCUUAACAUGCAGCUCAACCUCACGCCGGCGACCUUACCUGAGAUCAGGCGGCUUUGCCUCAAGCACGCCUGGCCACCGGCGGAUGAAUCAUUCCACGCAACGACACCAGAUUCAGGAAGAGAAAGAGAAACAUUCAAAGCAAAGCCUAUCCCCUUGGAAGAUUUAACAUACACCAUGUUUAAACGCUUCAUAAUCGAAUUGAAAGAGAAGACCUUGGAACGCUUCGACAACGAGGUCAAUGCGUUUCAUGACGUCACUAAAACGCUGAAAUCUCGUUUCAACUCGUUCGACGACGAGGAUGCGGAUAACUUAGACUACGCAUGCGCCUUGUUCAAAGAGAUGUUGGAUCGCAGAGACAAAAGUCGUCGUUUAGCAAUGAAGCGAGACUUGUGUUUGAAAAGUGGCUGGUGGGGAUUGAAUGUGGACACGGCGAUUUAUCCAUUCGGUGACAAAUAUUUCCAGCUGCCAAUGCUCAUGAAGAUCUUGGCUGAGAAGGCAACAAAAUGGCACCCAGACAGCGAGACGCAGCACACACUGGCGAAGAAGAUGCAUGAACCGGGGGUUUACGUCUUUCAACACAAGACGGUUCCCCAUUUCCGGUACGUUGGCCAGUCAGAUAACGUUCUUGGGACUGUCCGAGUCUUGGUAUACAGGUCUUUGGUUGGCUGCUGCGAUUUCUAUCUACUGGCUGCCUUGUUGAUGAGUACGACGGCGGACGAUUGGUACUUUUACUUCGUGACUGCAGAGGAUCCGCUUGAGCGGGAUGUAAAGCACAACGACUUGAUCAUUCGGCACGACGCGUUGUGGCCAAAUGGACUAAACAGAGACUUCGUCAUGAAUGCUGAAACAUUACCCCAUUUUCGAAAGUCAUGCCUCCGACACAAAUGGCCAAAGCAGCGGGACAAUAACACCAUAUUGCCAUUGCCAUCCUUAGUGGCUUCGGAUAACGACAUCAUCGCGUUGAGCAGGAGUGAGACGCCUGCGUCUGGGGUGGCUCAAGUGAUAGAUCAAGUGAAUGCAGAACAGGAUGGAGACGAGUUGACAUCGCGAGGACAAUCACGGAGUUCUGCGCCCCGUAGCUCCGGGUCUGCUGGGAGUUUCACGCCUGAAAUGAGCACGCCAGACAGCAGGUUUCCUGCAGCAGAAUUUGAGGAGCUUCAGAUGAGCGCCCAGCCUUUGGUGGCAUAACACAGCCAGUACAUUUCCAAGUGUCGAUUUUAUAGAAAAAUCAUGCGCUUAGAUUAUCAAUAUCGCCAAAUACAUGUACGUCAUCAAUAAGAUCCGAAAAUGCUUUUCGUAUCAAGACGUCUCAUCCUUCUGAGUGUUUAGACUGAAACGCUUAAAACAUAAUUUACUGCUAACUUCUUGCGUGUCAUGUAGUGCGAAAUACUCUCUUUUCACCUUUUAUAAGGUCAUUUGCUAAUAUUAAGCUCUUGCCCCAACCAUCAUGACCAUUGUCUUUCUGCAUAAAGUAUUCGAUCAGUGAACCAGGAUUGGCGCUGGUGACGAAUGAACCAAUCGGACUAAUCGGACAAUUGUGGAUGCGACUAAAAUGCACAUUGCGUGCAUAAUAUUGAGCACGACGUGUUUAUGCCUCAAUGUCAAUUGACCUUAUAAGAGUGAAUAAAGAGUAUCACGUUCAUGCUCCGUAUUGACCUCGACCCUUCAUGCCUUGAGACACACAACAUUUGGGAUUCCGUACACAUCCCUUAUGUGUUGUUCCCGACGACCUUUAACCAAACCUUCAAACAGCCAAAUAGGCAACAUGGGAAUGGUAUGCUUUUAAAAUUGCACCUGCAUACUGUUCGAACAGAACCAAAGGUAUAACGUUUUUGGUUUUUCAAUACAAUAGACAGCUAGAGAGACCUGGACUUUUGAAUUGGAGGAAACAGAUAAAAAGCGGUCAAUCAUCUGUCUUUCAGUGCCCUAAACAUUGAGGGCAAACACUCUCAAAAGCAACAACUGGCGAAAGUUAAAGAAACACUCUCGCGAUAACGGUGCCUCGGCAAUAGCUAGACACUUAAACAGAUAGCUGUUUCACAGUUGAAAAUAUUUUUAGCAGCAUAUAAUUCCACAUAAUCAUAUUAUGAGAAACUGAACGAGAUCCAAUACUGGAAUCUCGCACGAAUCUUACACGAAACUCAGAAGAAGACGUUGAAAUAGAAUCUUAUAAGAAACGCAUAAUAAUCUUGUAAGAAACUGUACAAGAUUUUAAUCCGAUUCUUACAUCAAUACUUUGUACGAAUCGUGUUUAAGAUCUUGAUAUCAAUUCCGUCCUGGUUGUGUACUUAUCAAAACAUUUUACAGCACGACAAUUCCUCACCUGUUUUCCGAGUUCAUGGUCUACACUGUUGUGUCUCACAGUAGGAUGGACGAGUUGUUGAUAGGAGAGUAUUUCACAUAGUUGUAACCAGUGUUUACAAAGUAGGGUUCGUUUUCAAGAAAAAAAAUUGGCAAAUGUUUGAAAAGUAA